AUGGGGAAGAGGAAGAAAUGCAAACUGCGGGACAUCAUGGAAGAUGAAACCUGCUGCAUAAAGCACUGCAUGUGCAAAUCCCAGCAACAAGUGAAAUUAUUCUUUGUUCUUUGUCUUGCAGUUGGAAUAGAGAUCGACGGACAAGUCGAGAGUGACUCAGAGAGUGAAGAAGAUGAAGUAAAGGACAAGAGAUCUAAGAAACAGACCCGCAGGGAAAUUGUCAGAGCAAACAGACUUGAAAGGAAAAAGUCACAGACAAACAAGGAAGAAAAUGAGAGCAAAGAGGAAGAAAACUGUCCUCAGCAAAGCAGGGCUUCUAGGAGGAAAAAUAAUCGAAUGAAAAAAAGUGAUGGAAAAAAGGAAGGAGAAGGAAGAGAGAGAAACAAAAAGGCUUCUUCCAAAGAUGAGAAGGAGUCAGAAAAUAAGGAAAAGAAAACAAACAGGAAAGGAAAGGAGGAAGAGAACAAACAGAAGAAAAUCAGGAAAAACAGUGCCUCUUCCAACUCUUCCAACUCAUCUGACGAGGAAUCGCUGUCAGAGGAAGAGCUUGCAAUGCUGAUGGAGGAGGUAGAGCAAAAGAAAAAACUCAUCUCCACCAUGAGAAACAAGCCCUGGCGAAUGAUGAAGAAGCUCUCUGUGCUCAGGGAGGCACAAGCUUUUGUUGAGAAGUUUGAGGGAGCCCUGGGAAAAGGGAAAGGAAAAAAGUUGUAUGCAUAUAAGAUGAUGAUGGCAAAGAAAUGGGUGAAAUUUAAGAGAGACUUUGACAACUUUAAAACCCAGUGCAUACCCUGGGAGAUGAAGAUAAAAGAAGUGGAGAGUCACUUUGGUUCCUCUGUCGCUUCCUAUUUCAUAUUUCUGAGAUGGAUGUACGGGGUAAAUCUUGUCCUUUUUGGAUUAAUAUUUGGACUGGUUAUAAUUCCAGAGGUCCUAAUGGGAAUGCCGUAUGGGAGCAUGCCAAGAAAAACCGUACCUCGGGCUGAACAAGCAACAGCUAUGGAUUUUUCUGUUCUUUGGGACUUUGAGGGGUACAUCAAGUACUCAGCGCUCUUUUAUGGAUACUACAACAACCAGCGGACAAUUGGCUGGUUAAAAUACAGGCUGCCAAUGGCAUAUUUCAUGGUUGGGAUCAGCGUGUUUGGCUAUAGCCUGAUGGUUGUUAUAAGAUCGAUGGCACGCAAUGCCAAUGAAAGCACAGCAGACGGGGACGAUGAAAACUUUGUUUUCAGCUGGAAAAUGUUCACAAGCUGGGACUACCUCAUUGGAAACCCAGAGACAGCAGACAACAAGUUUGCAUCUAUCACCACCAGCUUCAAGGAAUCUAUCGUGGAUGAGCAAGAAAGCAACAAGGAUGAGAACAUCCAUCUGAGGAGGUUCCUGAGGGUCCUGGCCAACGUCCUCAUCAUAUGCUGCUUGUGUGGGAGUGGCUACCUCAUUUACUUUGUGGUGAAACGCUCCCAGACAUUUUCAAAAAUGCAGAAUGCUGGGUGGUAUGAAAGAAAUGAGGUUGAAAUUGUGAUGUCCUUGCUGGGCAUGUUUUGCCCUCCCCUGUUUGAAACUAUUGCCACGCUCGAAAACUACCAUCCACGCAUCGGUCUGAAGUGGCAGCUGGGGCGCAUCUUUGCCCUCUUCCUGGGAAACCUCUACACAUUCCUUCUGGCCUUGAUGGAUGAUGUCAACGAAAAACUGGCUGAAGAGGACGUUGUGAAGAACAUCACGCGCUGGACACUGUUUGGCUACUAUAACUCAUCCAUGGAGAACAGCACCGCUACCCCACCUCCCCUCGACCCCGCAGACGUGCCCAGGGGACCCUGCUGGGAGACAACCGUUGGCAUUGAGAUCGUAAGGCUCACCGUGUCUGAUAUCCUCGUGACCUUCGUAACCAUCCUGGUGGGAGAUUUCAUCCGAGCUUGCUUUGUGAGAUUCAUGAAUUACUGUUGGUGCUGGGACCUAGAAGCUGGAUUUCCUUCCUAUGCAGAGUUUGACAUCAGUGGCAAUGUUUUGGGUUUGGUGUUCAACCAAGGAAUGAUUUGGAUGGGAUCCUUUUAUGCACCAGGGCUCGUGGGUAUAAACGUGCUGCGCUUAUUAACCUCCAUGUAUUUUCAGUGCUGGGCUGUCAUGAGUAGCAAUGUUCCUCAUGCACGAGUAUUCAAAGCAUCCAAGUCUAACAACUUUUACAUGGGACUGCUGCUGUUGAUCCUGUUCCUCAGCCUCCUACCUGUGGCCUACACUAUCAUGUCCCUGCCUCCUUCCUUUGACUGCGGACCAUUCAGUGGAAAGAAAAGGAUGUAUGAUGUCAUUCAAGAAACCAUCGAACUUGAUUUCCCACUUUUUGUUGCCAAGAUCUUCGGCUAUGUGGCAAAUCCAGGACUAAUCAUUCCUGCAAUUCUGCUCAUGGUCCUUGCUAUCUACUAUCUAAAUGCUGUGUCUGAAGCAUACCAGCGCGCCAAUGCAGAGUUGAAGAAGAAAAUGCAACUGCAACGCGAAGAAGAGAAGAACAAGAGGAACAACAAAGCCAGCAAUAAUUCCAUGAUGCAAGAUCUGGAGGAUUUACUUGCACCAAGCACAAAGAGUGAAAGCUCUCCCAAACAAGCAGAAGACAAGAAAACGGAUUCUCCCAAUCAAGCCAGCACUGCUGGGAAACAAGAAAAAGCAGAAGCCCUGAACAGCAGCCCCAUAACUGCUGGGAGAAGAGCAGCAUUCAUCCCACCACCACACGUACUGGUGACACGGCCACUGACGCCAGGCACUUGGGCACCAUACCCUCAGCCAAGACAGCCCUGGCCAGGAGGACGCCCAAUGGGACCAUUCCCUGGAAGAGGGAGAGGACAGCCACGAUACGUACACCCUGUCUGAUAAAUUCAGCAACGUUUCUUCUAGAAGUGUUACAUAAACUAUGGUAGUUUUCAUAGGAAAUGACUGUUGUUCCUUGGUCAACCACUCGUGAUUAUCUGCAUCUACCCAACACUGAUUCUAUCUAAAAAGCUUUAUUUAGAGGUUUAGAAUUACUGCAACCCCUUGUGACUGCCCUGAUUUUAAUCAUAAAGGAGAUGGGAGGUGUCAGGCAUUACUAGCCUACUAUAUAGAUGAUGAUCCUGUGACCACCAACAGCCAUAUGGCAAAUACACUUGGUGGAGCGAGCAUAUAUCAGCCCCCCCCAAGACUCUUACGGCUAAUAAAAACAGAAUGAUUUUACUUGUCAUUCCAGCAAAGAUCUUUUUGCUGUCCCCACCUAAGGAAUUAAGUAUUCUUAGAAAAGCAAAACAACCCUUUGCAGCUGCAUGGCAGCCAGUAUUAGGAACAGAGGACACUUAAGCCAGCACAGAAGGACACUAUCAGCAAUAUUCCAUCCUUCUAGACAGUUUUCCUCCUGUCUGCAUCCUCUAAAAUUUCAUCCUUCCAUUUUAGCCCUGCUGUGCAUCUCUCCUCCACCUUCUCUGACUUCUUGCUCUGCUCCUCUUUUCAGUCAGCUUACAGUAGCUUGAAUCAGAUUGAGUUCUAAUGUAGUAAGAUCAGACAGCACAGUCAAGGGACUAAAAGUACUUUGGACUGGUUUCUGAUUGUAACCAGAAAACCCAUGACUUCCUAGAGCAACACAAGACUUUGCCAGGUUGUCCUGUUUUACAUCUUCAGUUUGUUCCUAUUGCCACAAUCCCAUCCCAGCCAGCAUGGGUCUGAAGGAAUAUUCACAUACUUGGCAUUCUUCACAAAAUGCAUAAAAAUAAACUCAUUUUCUUCAGUAAAAAGAAAUUUGUAGAUACUGUUAGGAAAAUAUCCACUGCAGCAAACAGAUACUUUGAGAUAAAGGUGCCCACCUUAAUUUUUCCUCACUAAAUGCAAUAAAUAUUGUUGUGUGAUGAGUUGAGUACAGGAAACUCAGCAACUUACUUCUCUCCCUGACAGAGGAGAGAGCACUUGACUUUCAGUGCAAGAAUGUCUACAUUGAAGGAGCUGGGUAAAGAGAUUCUAUUCAGUUGGAUGGGAAGCUGAUUGGGAAAAUGGUUCCCUUUUUCAGGUCCAAACUAACAAAGGUAUUUAGGUAUCUGACUACUCAUAGAAAUUAAGAACUUAAACAUUGUG